UCAUUUUCAGACUGCCAAAAUGGAUUAGGCAUUAAAAUUAUUGGAGGCUGUCAAGAUCAAUCCAAAGAAGAGUAUGGAAUUUUCAUAAAGGAGAUAUUACCAGAGAGGAUAGCUACUACAGAUAAUCAAAUGUGUAUUGGAGAUUUGAUUUUAGAAUUGAAUGGCCAAAAAUUAUGUGGUGUAACUAAUGAAAGAGCUCUUGACAUGUUACAGAUGGCAUCGGCAACCAAUCAUGUGUCUUUGGUUAUUGCCCGAGAUGAAGAUGCAAAGUAA